CCUUGCCUGGCCCACGCCGCCCUCAUCCCCCCCCCGGGGGGGAAAUCGACGAGGAGACCCUGGAGAACAACCUUCCAAACGUCUCAUGGCCCAAAGGUACGAUGACUUGGUACACUACGCCGGCAUGGACGGGGUCUCUCUGCCGGGGUUUGGGGACCCCCACGCGGGCCGGGCGCUGCAGCACCACGCGCUGAACCAGGGCUCCCCUUAUGGGUCCGCGGGAGUCAACCACCGGGCCGGCCUGCCCCCCAGCUUGGGCACCAACGACGCCUUGAAGAGAGAGAAGGACGAGAUCUAUGGGCACCCCCUGUUCCCGUUGCUGGCCCUCGUGUUUGAGAAAUGUGAAUUGGCCACCUGCUCUCCCAGGGACACCUCCGGCUCCUAUCCGGGAGGCGACGUCUGCUCAUCGGAUUCCUUCAAUGAAGACAUUGCUGUUUUUGCCAAACAGGUUAGGACGGAAAAGCCGCUGUUUUCUUCCAACCCGGAGCUGGAUAAUUUGAUGAUCCAAGCUAUCCAAGUUCUGAGGUUCCACCUUCUGGAAUUAGAAAAAGUCCACGACCUCUGUGACAACUUCUGCCACCGUUACAUCACUUGCCUCAAGGGGAAGAUGCCCAUUGACCUGGUGAUAGACGACAGAGACGGGGGCUCCAAAUCGGACCUCGAAGAUUUCGGCGGAUCUUGCGCGAGCCUCUCUGACCAGACCCACACCGAAAUCUCCAGGAAUUUCCUGUUUGAGAGUUGGGAACCUACUCUUGGUCCCUUCGGCGUGGCACCGGAUCGGGCCCGUUCCUGCCUGUACCGGAUCGGGCCGAUCUAUCCCAGCAAGGGGGACUGUCUAGAUAACAGUGUGGCCUCGCCCAGCACGGGAGACGACGACGACUUGGACCGAGACAAGAAGCGGAACAAGAAACGAGGGAUCUUCCCCAAAGUGGCCACAAAUAUUAUGCGAGCGUGGCUGUUCCAACACUUAUCGCAUCCACAUCCAUCAUGGGUUUCCAAGAAGCAGUUGGCUCAGGAUACGGGACUGACGAUUUUGCAAGUGAAUAAUUGGUUUAUUAAUGCCAGGAGGCGUAUAGUUCAGCCCAUGAUUGACCAAUCAAAUCGCACAGUAGGUCAGGGAGCGCCAUAUAGUCCUGACGGGCAGCCAAUGGGAGGCUACGUUAUGGACGGACAGCAGCACAUGACGAUCCGUCCCCCAGGACCAAUGGGAAUGGCGAUGGGAAUGGAGGGCCAAUGGCACUACAUGUAAACCCUGACCUCACUGCUGAUGCCAGAGGGGAAAGAAUCCCGGGUAGGCCAGGUGUGCUGGACAACACACCCUACCAGGUUUACGGGCAAGAGACUCGCGGCACGUUGGGGGUCCGGCGUGUCCUUCCUCCCACUUCCCCCCUCCACUGAACGUGCCACCGAGUGUCCUCCCUCCCCACUCCACCCCCUCCAGCCACGUUGCACUGCCAUGACGACGAGAGGAAGCGACCCCCCCCCCCAAGACGGACCAAGCACGGACAGAGCAUUCCAUGUUAAUGCCCCUCCCUCCACCAGCUCCCUUCUCUCUUCUACUCCUUUUCCAAAACGAGGACCAUUCCGGCAAGCAGCAAGACGUCCGAGACUUCCGAAUUUCCGAAUCUUCGGCUCUCGCCUGUCAAGGUUUCAGGAGGAUUCAUUGGAUCACAUUACACAAGUUGGACACUGGUGGAAACUGAUUGCUCUCCCCCGACCCUCCCCAAAAAAAAAGAAAUGUAAAAAGAGGGCGGAAGCUGAACGAUUCUGUUCGUCUGAAAAGAGAGAUUUGGAGCGGGGGAGGCCAAGGGGUUAUCUUUUAAUUUGUCGCGCUGUGCUUUAUGGUUUUUUUCCACCACACAGGUAGACACACGCAAGUUUCUAGGAUCCAACCACCAGCUCAGAGGCAAAAGCCACGAUCGGGGCACAGCCGUUCUUCGCCCACCCCCACCUUCCCGCUAUGGACUUCUUUUCCCAAACGAGAUAACUUUCCAAACAGGGUGGUUGUUUUGUUGGUUUUUUUCUCCUUGCUUUCUUAU